GAAAAAGGAGUACUGAUAUGGAUGGAUUCUAAUCUUAUGUGAGAAGGAUUUCUGAAUCCUAGCAUAUCAGGAAAAUGGAAAGUAGUCACAAACCCUAACAACCAACUACACUUGAUUUUCUUGUUUUGGUAUCUUCGCCACACCAACAAAAAGCUACCAUACACAAUCAUGAACCUCUCCACUCCAACUCAUCAAUAGUUUCGUCUUUUCAGUUUCAAUUUCCUCGUUAUUCUCUCUCCACCUUAUCAACAUCAACGGAUCUUGUAUGGUCCUCUGAUGCAACAUUGAUACAUGUCGAAUGCAAUGGAUGAAGACAAGAAGUGGAUGCAUAAGGAAACUGAAAGACAAAGAAGGCAAGAGAUGGGGAAACUCUGCAACAACCUCAGAUCGCUUCUGCCUUUAGAAUAUGUUAAGGGAAAACGUUCAACCUCAGAUCAUGUUCAUGAAGCUAUGAAUUACAUCAACCACCUUCAAGAUAAGGUAAAGCAAUUGCAAGAAAAGAGGGAUGCGUUGUUGAAGGUGUCUAAUUUGAGUAGCAUUGUUCCUGAGAAUGAAAGCUCUUGUGCAACUCAUCUUCCACCUUUGGUUCUUGUUCAUCCUUUCCCUGGUGGCCUUGAGAUUAUUUGCAGUCAUAGCUUCAGGAAAAGUGUGUUUCCCAUGUCAAGAUUAUUGGACAUUCUGCAUAAAGAAGGACUUAACGUGGUCAACACUACUUCCAUCAGAAGAGAUGGUAGAUUCAUACACACCAUACAAUCAGAGGAUUCCAACUGUUCUAAUAUGAUGGACACUGAUUACUCUGAACUGCAAAUAAAGCUUGUGGAGGCAUUGUCAUCUUCAAGUUUGCAAGAGACUUUGCCUGAACCUGAAAAUUGCUAAUAUCUUGGGAAAAAUUAAUAGAUUAUUUAUUCGGAUGUUUCUUAUUGCAUAUACCAUUAACUUGAGUGAUUUGUACAGUAGUGGACCUGUUAAAGUUGUACUUUAUCUGUCAUAAUUGUUGGUGCAGUACAAAGUGUAGCUAGUUAUUCAAUUUCAUGAAGGUCAUGUACCAAACCAGGAGAUACAUUGAUCUCUUUUUCCAUGGAAGUUAUCAAAUAUGGAAAGAGUUGAUAAUGAUGUUCAAUGUUUUGUAUGCA